CUUAGAAGCACUUGAGGGGGAUUUGAGUUGGCGAGAAAUACGAGCUGACUCAUUUUACCACUCACAUGUGGCUUUAUCUGACUUGACACAGAUAAGCGGAAGGGUUGUCGUCUGCCAUUGUGAGGUGACGUUGAGGCCGAAGUCCGGCCGUGAUGAAAAGGGACGGCCCAUUGCUUUUUAAUGUGUGCUUGAUUGAAGCGGCACUGCGGGAGAAAAAAACUUUUUUUUUACUGUGGUGUCGCGCUCGAUGCAUCGAAUACGUUUCAGCAGGAAGAUGAUGACGUUUGACGUUUGCUUCGUGCGGCUCACGCUUUUGCUCUUGCCGAGUCUAUUUGGAGUCAACGCGGAGCAUCUCCGAGCGGAGAACGUGCAUCUCCUCCCCGCUGAUCAGCAUCAUGUGGUCAUGAACUACGGAAUGAGAGUGCUACCGAGAGAUUGUCAUGAAAUGCUCCUGAGCUCUUCGGGUCACGCCAGAGAUGGUGUGUACCUGAUCCGGCCGGGGGACUCCGCCAUCGUGGUGUACUGCGCCAUGCGGGAAGGAGGAUGGACCAUCGUGCAGCACAUCACCGUGAACAGCAGCGUCAGCUUUGACCGAGCGUGGGCCGACUAUAAGCAUGGUUUUGGGUACGUCACUGGGGAUCACUGGCUGGGGAAUGAAUAUCUUCACCAGCUCAGCGCAGGCCCAGCACGCUACAAGCUGGGAGUAAAACUUGUGGAUCGAGACGCCGUGACAAAAACGGGAGAGUACGACCCUUUCAUGGUGGAGGACGAAUCAUCGGCGUACAGGCUGAGGCUGGGUUUGUUCCAGGGCACGGCCGGGGACGCCCUCAUGCAGCACACCGAGCACUACCUGCACGAUAAUCAGAAAUUCACCACCAAGGACAGAGACAACGAUAACUACUUCCAGAACUGUGCCAAGUUGGAGUUUCAGGGGGUGGCCGGUGGAGGUUGGUGGUACGACGCCUGCGCUGGUGCUAAUCUCAACCGCAGAAAUGUCAUCUAUUGGCAAAAGGACUGCAACAAGGAGCGACUGUGCAAGUACGCGUGGAUGAUGGUGAAACCGUCAGAAACUGUUAAACCUGUUCGUUGCAGUGACUGUAAAAAGGAUGAGCUAUGAGGACAUUUUUAGCACAGGAUACAAGGUGGCGUUGAGCAACUAUCAAGUCCAUACGUAAAUGUACAGGCACUUGGGUAGAAAAGACUGGUAUUGAUUCAUCGCUUUACGAAGGUCAAAGUAAAACAAUUACAGACUCGGAAAUGUACAAAUGAAAAAGUAAAAAUGAAUGCCUGUCAACUAGCUCUCACAAGAUAACACGCUUGCCACCAAUCAUUCUUGUCGCUGACAACAUCAGGGGGAAAAAAAGCUUCUCGUUAUUCUGGCCACGGAUGGGGAAUAGCUUGCUUUUCCAAGUCACUUGCAUCAUCAUUGUUCAUGCUCCCUGGUUCACUUUCUGCUUUGUAGUUCAACCGCUGUUGACUUCACGUCUCUAUUUACAUUGCGUCGUCAACCGCAAGGGUUGAAAAAAGUCUAUUUUGAAAAAAAUGAGAAGUAGAAAGUACAGAAAUCUAAUUUCAAAUAUUGAAAGUAAAAAUAAAUACUCAAGCUAAGUCGGUUAUGGGAACUAAAGUAUAACAGCUUUGCAUCAGACAUCAAGUCCCCCAAAAAUCUGCAGCACAUGGAUAUUUAUUUGAAAAAGGAUGAACACGGUUUCUCAAAUACAGAAGCAUACCAGCAACAAAUAAAACAAUUCAAAUUUUAAAAGCACCCAGCUUCGAUUUCCUUGUACAUAACAUCACGAAACAUUUGAAAUGCACACAUUUCACUUCCUGGUUUGAAAAAAAAAAUAUUUCCAAAAAGAGAAAAAUAUUGGCUUUGCGACAGUUUUUUUUUGUAAAAUAACUAUUUAGAAAUCGCGAUUUGAUGAUGAUGAUGACUUUAUUUCAGAAAGGCAUAUGGAAGUGCUGUAGUUUAAAUAUCGUGAAGACGAAGCGCACUAAGGUUUCAUGGUGCUCAGCAAAGCAGGACGCUGUCACACCUGCUCGUGAUUGUAAACAACAGCACAAUAAUUAAAAGCUCGACUGACUUUCAUCCCAACCGGGUUUCGCGCUGUACCCUUUCACACAGACGCUGUCCUGCCUCUGAUAUUUCCCUGAUACUAACUACGAAACAGAAAAACAACUUACCCCCACCGGCCCCCUCCUUUUUUUUGUAUCAGUGCAGCAGUUCAGACAGAACUGCGGCGGGAAUAAGCUCCCCCUGGCGGCUAGUAUGAAAAAUACUUCUCUCGUCACGCUGACCUUUUAAAGACUUUUUACAUUAGUUACAGUAACAUAUGUUUUUAAUCUAGGAUUAUUUAAUCGUGAGUUAAAUUAUGUGAACGCGGGAACAUUAAUUUGAUGCUGUGUAUAAAAAGAAAAAAAAAACGAAGUCCCUUCUUGUAGCCACAAUUACAGCUAUAAUGUACCAGUUGUAGGCGAGGCCUGCAGCCAUUUCACAUUUUGAAAACUUACCCUAACUUAAAAGUCAGCAAGAAAAUUUACUAUCGGCUGAACGCGAAUGUUUUCGAAUGUUGUAAUGUGGAUGUCUGUGAGGUGGCGAUUAGCAGCCUUCAGGUGGAAAAUGCAAAUGUUGACAUUAAAAUAAUGAUUGGCAAAUGCCACUGUGAUCAGGGGGUGAUUGAAGUGAAUUUGCAGUCCUUUGGCAUUGGAAGCGUGACCAGCCUAUUAAUGUGGCAAAACAUGUUCCCGUAAUAUUUACUGUCGCAAAUUUCAAAUGGUUCAUAUGAGUAAUCAGGACUGAAAGCUUUGCGUUCCAAAAUAUGCAUCUCGAAUAGAAACAUGGCCCAGUGUGAAAUGUGUGUCAAUUGUUACAUUUUCUGCAUGCAGGUAUCAGCAUUUGUUUUAAAGCUAGAGACAAAUAUUU